UGACAAGUCAUGGUUAAUGCAUGAUGGUGGAGGUCCCGCACCGCCGUUAAACAGCUGACCUAAGCCGUUGUUUCCGAUGUUCCCGUUGUGUGUCGUGUGUGCGCCGCAGCCCCGCGACUCUAGCCAUAGUCUCGACCGAAUCCCGAUACUACGAAUGUGUCCGCGAGUUGCAAGUGUAAUGAUAUAAUACUAUAAUAAUAAUAUCGUCGUAGAGUGCUAUAUAGAGUAUAAAUUACAACUCGCGUCUCGCAGUGCGUCUUACCGUUACUCAUCGUUUCGUCCGUUUAUCGCACAAGUGAUAUUAACGUCCCAAUUUUGUUUGCGCGUUACGGUGCCCAUCACUAGUAGUAGGUACCAGCCUCAGUAAUAUAUCCGUCAUGUCUAACUAAUCCGUCUGGUGGUUUUUUCGUUUUAUCGACGCCACUUCUAUCGUCACGCAACAUGGACGACAAAGACGGCAUUAUAGCCGAUUUUCAGGCCAUUACUGGUAUCGACAACGCAGGCGAAGCAUUGAUGCACUUGUCGAAUUUUAAUUGGGACUUGCUGGCCGCUGUCCAACAUGUCACACCUAAGCACACUCAACACUUGCCGUCUGAAGGACGCAGUACUGAACUAAGCGCACCAGCUGUAACGGUUGCAGAUGAUUUUAUGAAUAUGAUUGCAUCAACGUCAAAGCAUCGUUUAAUUACUAUUGAAAUUGAACAAAAUGGUCGUAUAAUUGCCAUAUUAACACUCAGCGAUAGUUCAACAAUUGAUGAUUUAAAAACAUUGCUCUAUGGUAAAAGUAGCAUUCCAUGUUGCCUACAAAAAUUUAGUGGAUGGCCAAAUAAUCAACAUCCUUCCAAUAAAGAUACACUUUCCAAACUUAAUCUUCCAGAUAGAUUUAAGCUAAAUCUUAACACUGGCGAUGAAGAUUUAAAUCAAGAACUAAAUGGAAGAGCUAAUUUGCGAAUGUUCACUUUAAACAUAACAAUGGAGGCUACAACCUCAAGUGAUUAUCAAGUUUAUAAAUUGUCAUUUUCAUCCGAUCAGACUGUUGCACAAGUGAAAGAAGUUGUUGCUAACUUGACUAAAUUGCCUAUAAGUAAUCAACAAUGGUUAGGUUGGCCACAUUUUGUUACUCCUGCUACAACUUUGGAAGAAUCUCAUAUUAAUUACCCAGUACAUGAUUUUAAAUUGAAACCAUCAAACUCAAUACUUAAACAUACCAGAAGAAGAUACAACACAAGAUUAAAUCAGUCUGUUGUUGAUAUGGAAACAAGUGAUUCUCCUAUGCCUUCAUCAUCUACUUCUUCAUCGUCCACAUCUUCAUCAUCUUCUGAAGAAGAUCCUUUUGAAGAUGCAGCAGAAUCAUUAAGUGGUAUUGAUGAUGAUGAUGAUGAUGUAGAUACUAUGUUCAUGGAUACCGAGUUACCUACUCGUAUCCGUCCAUUAAUUGCUGAAGAUACUGAAGAUGAACUUGCCGGUGUCAUUCAAUUUAUUGAUGAAUUUCAAAAUCGUUAUGGUGAUAUGAGACCUCAGUUUUUUUUGGGAACGCUUGAUCAAGCUAUCAAAAUUGCAUGUUUUAAACCUGCUAAAGAUAAACGUUUAUUAGCUGUAUACUUGCACCACGAUCGGAGUGUGUUAUCAAAUGUAUUUUGCACACAACUAUUAUGUUUUGAAUCAGUCGUGCAGUAUCUCAAUACAAAUUUUUUAGUAUGGGGAUGGGAUAUGACACAUCCAUCUAACAGAAAUAGAAUAUUACAAUCAGCGGCUCUAUCACUGGGGGCAAUGGCCGAAAUAACUUUGAGAGCUAUUGACAUUAACAGGCUUCCAGCUUUAGUGUUAUUUACGCGUAAUCGGUCAAACACAGAAAUAUUGUCAGUUAUAAACGGAGAUUGUAAUAUAAGUGAAUUACUAUCGAGCCUUAUAAAUGCUCAAGAAAUGUUUGCUAUGCAACAGCAAGUGGAAAUUAAAGAAGAAGGCGAACGUAAUAUGCGAGAAAUGAUUAAAGUAGAACAAGAUGAAGCCUAUCAACAAUCAUUGGCUAUUGAUCGAGCUAAAGAAGAAACAAGAAGAGUUCAAGAAAUGGAAGAAAAGGCAAUUCGAUCUCAAAUUGAAAGUCAAGAAAGACAAGUUGCUGCAGAAAAAGAAGCUAUUCGACAACGUAUUGUUGCAUCUCUUCCAGCAGAACCAGAACCUGGUGAUCAAGUUGCAAAAAUCAGAUUUAGACUUCCUCUUGGAAAGUUUUUAGAACGACGGUUUAUGGCAUCAGAUAAUUUACAAGUGUUGUUUGACUAUUUAUAUAUAAAUGGCUUCAGUCAAGAAGAGUUCAAAGUAAUUUCUAGUUGGCCUAGAAGAGAUUUAACAACACUAGGUGUAACUCAAACCAUGAAAGAAUUAAAUCUAUAUCCUCAAGAAACUUUAACUCUUGAAGAACGAUAAUUCUUUGUAUGUAAAUGCAUGAAUGUAUAAAUUUACACAAAUAAGAUUUUUUUUUUUUGUCUAAAACAUAUAGAAUAUUGUUUUUAUUAUUAAAAAUUAUGAUUGUAUGC